GGUGAGCAGAGCAGCAGGAAUCCAGCAGGAGCAUGGAUCUGCAGCAUCCUGAAUCCCUUCCAGGGAAGCCAACCUUGGAAAUAACCUGAGAUGUGAAAGGGCUCCUGGUGAUUAACCAGCUCCCAGCAGAGCUGAUUUGGGUCUUCUCUCCCCUCUACCAUGUGUACUUUUUUCCACUACCUGCAAAGCAAGCCCCCAUCCUGCCAAGUAUCCAUUCUGCCAUGUAGGACCGCCUCUCUGAACCCAGGCAUGGGGCACCUGCCUCCACACAGAGCUCGAACUUGGUCAUUUUCUGUCUUUGCAGCAGCAACAGCCUCUGCAUCUCAGACACCCUGAUUCCAUUUUUAAAGCAAUACCAACAAAAGUAGUAGUUACAAAAAUAAGGGUGGGAGUAUUUUUUUCUACUGCUCUGCCCUACCAUGUUGGGUUCCAGCAGAAGUGAAACUGGCAGGGGCACAGCCUGCUCUGCCCUGGGGCUGUGUACCCAUGAGCACCCCUCUGAGUCCCAGCAGUCUCUCACCAGUAGGAGAGGCAGCUCCCACCCUGCCCAGGUGACCCUCAGCACUUGGUGCUGGUCUCCUCCCCAGCAGCUGCCCCUCAGCCUCUCUGUCUGCCUGGCUGCUCCUUCCCUUCCCAUAACUGACCAUCCUUGGCAGAGGAGCUGCUAGAAAUCAAGUGCUCCUGAAUUACUGGGUAUACAGACUCAGCAAUUCCAUAGAAAGAAACAACUGCAUUAAAACAUUUUUCAAGGAAGAUAUCCAGAGACAGGAAACAAGGUUCAUUUAUAUUGGCCAACAAUAAAGUAAUUGUAGUGGGUUAUGGCUCUUGUGGAAUGGGUUCCUCCUUUUGUCUAGAAUGUCCUGGUGGAGCAGCAUCAAUUUCUUUGGAACUGGAAAAUACAUGUGACCUGCAUGGCUCUUGUUUGGCUUUAGCUGGAAGUGAGCAGAGUAAUUUCUGCAGAAAACCUGGCCAAGGCAAUUCUACUUACAAACAGGACAGGGGCACUGCUGUGGGACUGCGAUCUGCCAGGAGGACACGGACUCUGGGCUCUCCUGGCACCUCCCUGGGCAUCGCUGCCAUCACAUGGGGCAUGGUGCUGUGGAUGGAGGUGGGUGCCUGGACCUACCACUACAGUGACCAAGGGGACUACACGUGGGAGCAGGCCAGGAAUUUCUGCCAGACCUUCUUUACCGACCUGGUGGCAAUCCAGAACCAGCAGGAGAUCGAGUACCUCAACAAGAGCCUGCCCUUCCACGGGCGCUACUACUGGAUUGGCUUACGCAAGCUCGGCGGCAUCUGGACCUGGGUGGGCACCGGGAAGGUGCUGUCCAAGGAGGCAGAGAACUGGGCACUGGGGGAGCCCAACAACCGCCGCUCCAACCAGGACUGCGUGGAGAUCUACAUCCAGCGGCCGCAGCAGGCCGGCAAGUGGAAUGACGAGCCCUGCAACCGGAAGAAGAAGGCGCUGUGCUACCAGGCCUCCUGCCAGCCCUUCCUGUGCAGCCAGCGUGGCGAGUGUGUGGAGACCAUUGGGAGCUAUCGCUGCGACUGCUACCCCGGCUUCCACGGCCCUGAGUGCACAGAUGUUGUGCAGUGUGCCAAGCUGGAGCCCAAGGGAGUGCCCAUGAACUGCAGCCAUCCCUACGGAGACUUCAGCUACAACUCCACCUGUGAGUUUGGGUGCCACGAGGGAUUUGAGCGGCGAGGGGUGGGCAUGCUGCGGUGCCUGCCUUCCCAGGAGUGGUCAGCAAACAUCCCCACCUGCACAGCUGUCACCUGCCCGGUGCUCAGAGCUCCAGAAAAUGGAGAGCUGAACUGCUUCCACCUCCAUGGGGACUUCACCUUUGGCUCCACGUGUGCCUUCUCCUGCCAGAAGGGGUUUGUGCUGAAGGGGCCGGAGAGCCGUGAGUGCACAGCCAUGGGGAUCUGGACAGGGGAUGCAACAAGAUGUGAAGCCUUUGCCUGCCCAGUGCUCAGUGCUCCAGACCAAGGAGAGAUUCACUGCUCCCACCUCCAUGGCAACUUCACCUAUGGAUCCACGUGUGCCUUCUCCUGCCGGACAGGAUUUGCCUUGGUGGGGGUGCAGAGCCGAGAGUGCACAGCCUUGGGGACCUGGACUGGGAACACACCACACUGUGAAGCUGUUACCUGUCCAGUGCUCAGAGCUCCAGAAAAGGGAGAGCUGAACUGCUCCCACGUCCAUGGGGACUUCACCUUUGGCUCCGCGUGUGCCUUCUCCUGCCAGACAGGGUUUGUGCUGAAGGGGCCGGAGAGCCGUGAAUGCACAGCCACAGGGAUCUGGACAGGGGAUGCAACAAGAUGUGAAGCAAUUGCCUGUCCACUGCUCAGUGCUCCAGAAAAAGGAGAGAUGCACUGCUCCCACCUCCAUGGCAACUUCACCUUUAGCUCCACGUGUGCCUUCUCCUGCCAGAAGGGGUUUGUGCUGAAGGGGGCGGGGAGCCGUGAGUGCACAGCCACGGGGAUCUGGACUGGGGCCACCCCACACUGUGAAGCCGUUACCUGUCCAGUGCUCAGAGCUCCAGAAAAGGGAGAGCUGAACUGCUCCCACAUCCAUGGGAACUUCACCUUUGGCUCCUCAUGUGCCUUCUCCUGCCAGAAGGGGUUUGUGCUGAUGGGGCCAGAGAGCCGUGAAUGCACAGCCAUGGGGAUCUGGACAGGGGAUGCAACAAGAUGUGAAGCAAUUGCCUGCCCAGUGCUCAGUGCUCCAGACCAGGGAGAGAUGCACUGCUCCCACCUCCAUGGCAACUUCUCCUAUGGAUCCAUGUGUGCCUUCUCCUGCCAGACAGGAUUUGCCUUGGUGGGGGUGCAGAGCCGAGAGUGCACAGCCUUGGGGACCUGGACUGGGAACACACCACACUGUGAAGCUGUCACCUGCCCAGUGCUCAGAGCUCCAGAAAAGGGAGAGUUGAACUGCUCCCACCUCCAUGGGGACUUCACCUUUGGCUCCACGUGUGCCUUCUCCUGCCAGACAGGGUUUGUGCUGAUGGGGUCAGACAGUCGCAAGUGCACAGCCACGGGGACCUGGACAGGGGAUGCCCCACUCUGUGAAGCCAUCAAAUGCUCAGCACUGACCACCCCCAAGAUGGGCCGGGCUGCCUGCUUCCAUAUCCAUGGGGACUUCACCUUUGGCUCCACGUGUACCUUCUCCUGCCAGAAGGGGUUUGUGCUGAAGGGGCCGGAGAGCCGUGAGUGCACAGCCCUGGGGACCUGGACUGGGGACCCCACACAUUGCAAAGCCAUCAGCUGCCCAGUGCUGUCCUCCCCCAGCAGAGGCCAGCUGACCUGCUCUCAUGUGCAUGGGAACUUCACCUACAACUCCACGUGCAUCUUUUCCUGUGAGGAGGGGUUUGUUCGGAUGGGAGCAGAGAUGCUCCACUGUGAGGCCACGGGGAACUGGACCAGGGAUCCCCCUGUCUGUGCAGAGGAUGGUGCCUUCCUAAAGCAAGUCCUGGCUUACAGCAGUGGCUCAGCCCUGGCAGUAGCUGGUCUUGUGCUCUCUGGGGGACUCAUUGCCCUCCUUGCCAAGAGGCUCAGUGACAGAGAGGAGAAGAGGAAGCUCCUGAAACCCACCAGUGACCUGGGAGCGCCGGGCACCUUCACCAACUCAGCAUAUGAUGCCAAUCUGUGAGGUGGGGCCAGGCAAGACCCUUGCAGCACCCUGUUCAAAACUCACCUGGGUGGCCAUCUUCCUGGCUGGGGUGCUCCUGGGUGGGGACACCCCUUGGGACUGGAGUGGGUAACACCAGCUUCAUGUCUCCUGUGCUUCCAGCCCGCCUGAGACUGAAACCUACUGUGUCCCCCAGGGCUGCAGGCCCAGCAGGAGCUGCUGUGGGAGCACAGAGGGACUCCAUGCCUGUGGUUGUAUGUGGUUGUAGCCUGGACCAGAGCUGCCCCUGGACACUGCCACCAUGCUGUGUGUGCUGCAUUUUCCUUAGAAGGGGAGCUGCCUCCAGUGCAGGCAGCUGGAGACCCACCAGGGGCCAAGAGCCAUGUGCUGAGGGCAGCCUGCCACCCAGACCUUGGACAUUCUCUCACCAGGAAUUUGGACAUUCCCCAAUAGCUGCUCCACUCACGCUUCUACCAAUGAGCUUGUGUCAGUGGGGUCUGAAUAAAUACCUUUGUCUAA